AUGAUUAAGAAGGGGAGCCUGAAGCUGAAGAGCCUGAAAAUCGGGCGCAGCUCCGUGGGAAAUGUGAAAGUGGAGGGGAAGUCUAUCUGCAAGGAUGAGGCCAAGAGGAAGAAUGACGAGAAGCAAAAGAGGCUCAAAAUGUACAGGACGAAGGCGAACCUGAAAAAAAUGAACGCCAAAAUAAAUGAAGUAAGGAGGAUCGAACCAAACAUAAAAUGGUUUAACAACACCAGGACCAUUAGUCAAAGUAAGCUUGAAAUUUUCAGGGACAAGAUGGAGGAAGCCACACAUGACCCGUUCAGCGUUGUCAUUAAGAGGUCCAAAAUCCCGGUUGAGCUUCUCAGAGGGGAAGGUAGCAGUGUCGGUGGAAGUGGCGGAAAUGGACUGAUGUGCCCCGCCCAGUUUGAAAAGAAAAAGUACCAGAGCGAAAGCUUCCUUCGGAUGGAGAAUUUCCAGGAUGUCUAUGGGAAAAAGAAAAAAAGGAAAAGGCCCAAAUUAAAUGUAAGUAGUUUGGAAGAAUUAGCAGAUGAUGCGAAAAUGAAGUUAACGAAUUACGAGGCGGAGAAGGACAACUCACUCAUAGAGAGUAGGAACAAGGAAGUGGAAAAAAAAUUUAGUAAGGAUCAGUUAUUGAAAAUUGGACAGUCUAAAAGAAUAUGGACCGAAUUGUAUAAAGUGAUCGACAGCUCGGAUAUCAUUUUAGAAGUUCUAGAUGCACGUGAUCCCAUAGGAACUAGAUGCAGAAGGUUAGAAGAAAAUUUAAAAAAAGACAGACCUAAUAAACAUAUCAUUCUUAUUGUGAAUAAAGUUGAUUUAGUGCCAACCAGUGUAGCUGAAAAAUGGAUUAAAAUUUUAUCGAAAGAGUACCCAACCAUUGCGUACCAUGCGAGUAUAAAUAAGCCAUUUGGCAAGAAUGAUCUGUUCAAUGUUAUUAGGCAAUACACACAGUUCUUUCAAAAUCAGAGGAAGAAGCACAUUCACAUCGGGUUGAUUGGUUAUCCUAAUGUUGGAAAGAGUGCCAUUAUCAACUCAUUAAAAAAAAAAGUCGUCUGUAUAUCAGCCUGUCUACCUGGACAAACCAAAUAUUGGCAGUUCAUAAAAUUGACUAGUAAAAUAUAUCUCAUAGACUGUCCAGGAAUUGUACCCUACGAUAUUGACGAUUCGGACAAAAUUCUUAGAUGCACCAUGAGACUGGAAAAAAUUACCAAUCCACACUUCUACAUUGAUGAUGUGUUCAAGCUGGUUGACAGACAGCACCUCCUCCGCAUCUACAAGCUCCCUGAAGAUUUGCAGUUCGCCAACACAGAGGAGUUCCUUGAAAUAUUGGCAAAGAAAAUGGGCAAGUUACUUAAGGGGGGAGAACCAGAUAUUACAUCUGUUUCCAAGAUCAUCUUGAAUGACUGGAUCAAGGGGAAGAUCCCCUACUACGUCGAUCCGGACGCGGUACAACACGCCGCAAAGGGAUUGACAGGAAACUCGGGCGAGGAAGUAAAAUUGACGGUAGCGUCAGAUAAGGAGGAAAAGUUGGCGGCAGAGUCAGAUAAGGAGGAAAAGUUGGCGGCAGAGUCAGAUAAGGAGGAAAAGUUGACGGUAGAAUCAGAUAAGGAGGAAGAAUUGCUUGAAGAGUCCAACCAGGAGGAAGAGUCGUUGGUCAAUCGAGUGAACAACAAUGUCUCCGUUGAGGAGUGCUAG